AUGUAAAGCCAAUAUAUAGAGUAACAGCAGCUCCUACCUUAACAGUAAAGUAACUUCAUGAUGCCAAAUGGCCAAGCUCAAUAUUAAUUGCCUUAGUAACAGAUGAUGGGUUAGCAACAAAUUCCAUAAAUGCAAAUGAAUGGAUAGGUAAAUCCAUUCCUCUAGUAAUAAAUGAUGUUUUAAAACCAAAUGUAGCAAUAACAAUAGUUUUAGCAACAAUAAAAUCCUAUUCAAAACGGCAUUUAAUAGCAAAACCUACAAACUCCUCUCUAGAAUCAAUAUAUAUAGCAGCAGUAUCCUAUUUAAAAUUAAAUGCCCGUUCUUAAUUUGCAACAAAAUAACCAACAACCUCUUUCGUCCACAGAUUAUAAUGGUUAGCAGCAGCAACUAUCUGUAUAAUAAGCUUAAAAAUAACAAGCAAUGGUUAUUGAUACUUCAACUAAUGAUGGGAACAGGGAGUUAGCUAAUAAAUCAAAGAAUAAGCAAGACAAAAAGAAACCUUAAACUAAAGAGGAAAGCCUAGUGUCUUCCUUAGACUAGUCUAUCCUUUAUUCUAAGGAUCAUAAGACAAGAUAUUCAUACAUCUAUGAAACUAAGAAUGAUAAGGAUGAAGAUAUUAUGUGUGAUGUUUGCUAAGAUGAUUAUGUUGAAGAAGGUACAAAUGAACUGAUUAUUUGUGAAUUGUGCAACUCUGCUGUCCAUAUGCAAUGCUAUGGUAAUGAGAUUUUCAACUAUUUCCCUCAGGAAGCUUGGUAUUGCAUGAGAUGUUAAUUCUUGAGAAAUAAUCCUGAAUCUACAGUUGCUUAGAUCUGCUGCUAGUUUUGCAAUGAUCUAAAAGGAAUAAUCAUUAGAGAUCAAAGAAACAUUUGGGCUCAUAUAACUUGUGUUAAUUGGAUACCUGAUGUCUGGUAUAAAGAUGAUUACAAAACUCUUAUAGAAGGUAAUUUCAACAAUGAUAGAUAGAAACUUAAUUGCUAUGUUUGCCGAAAAAAGAAUACUGGAAGCUGCAUUUAAUGUGAUUAUAAAAACUGCCAACAAGCUUUUCAUGUCAGAUGUGGAAUGAAAACACAGUUGAUAAGAGAUUGGGAGUCUAUGGAUGAUCAAAGAGUCAAUGAGGAUGAUUAUGAAUGUUUUGUUUUCUGUGAUAAGCAUCUUGAGAUCGGUAAGAGAGAUCUUAAAACAGGAGGUAAAGAUAGACUGAGGGAAACUGGGCUUAAAUGCUAGAUUGACGAGAAGCUGAAGAAAUUUGGUUUGACAGGAAAUUCCCUUAAAAAGGGAAAGAAAAAGACUGAGCAAAAGAUUAGGGAUGACACCUAUGUUGCUGGUAAAGAUUCUCAAGACUAAGAUGAAUAUGAUGAGGAGCAACCAGAGGAGGAUGAUGAUUUGGAAGCUGAUCCUGAAGAGGAUGAAAAUAAAAAUCGUAAAUCAAGAAGUAGAUCAAGAUUUAAUGGAAGAAGAUCUAAGAAACCUUAAUCUAAAUGCAAGGGAAUUCGAGUUUAGAAUAACUUUAGAAAUACAAGAAACAGUGGUCAAAACUCGAAUACUGCCUAAGCUAAUCCUGCAAUGCCAAUGAUGUUUGGAAAUCCUCAAUAGCAAGCCAUGAUACUUAUGAUGCAGCAAAUGAUUGCUAUGCAAUAGCAGUAGUAAUAGUAGCCAUAAUAGCCUCCAAUUUUAAUUAAAGUUUGA